AUGUCUGACAAAAUUAGAGCUAUAAUGUCAAAUUAUUCAUUAUCUCUUAUAAACGAAACCUUUGCAAAAUAUGGUGUUCGAAUUCAAAAACACGAGAAUUAUGUCUCUUCCGUGGAUGAAACUAAUUGCGCCAAUAUCUUGUCAGUGGAUCCUGAAGAUAGAUGUCAGUUUGUAAAAUCCACUGCAUCUUGCACAGAUGCCAUCCAAAUAAUCAACUACAUGGAAGUAUUUUUCUGUGAUCUACAAGAGCAUGAAUCUUGGAAAAUUUUUGGAUUGUCUUUGUCCAUGAUUUUGUUCGGCGUCUACAUUUUUGUCAUCCUUGCCAUCACUUCAGAGUACAUUUUUUGUCCAGCGUUAGCUGUGAUGGCCAAAAUAUUGCAUUUAUCAGAAAGUGUAGCAGGUGUCACGAUUUUGGCUUUUGGGAACGCUGCUGCUGAUAUUUUAGGAACUCUUAUGGAUGUCGAAGAAGAAACUCCUAUGAUUUAUACUGAAAUGUUGGGGACAGGAUUAUUUAUAUGCUGUAUGGUUUCUGGAUGCAUCUGCUUGAUUAAACCAUUUGUCGUGAAACCGCAGGAUAUUAUAAGGGACGUUCUAUUUUAUAUGUUUUCUGUAAUAUGGAUUUUUGGUAUCAUAAUAGACGAAUGCGUGGAAAUUUGGGAAGCUUUAUCAUUGCUUGGAAUAUAUGUGAUUUAUAUUAUUGUUGUAUUGAUUAUGCAUACACAUCAUACGCGUAAAAAGGGAUUUUUGGAAGCGGCGACUAUUACUUUUACAAUGCCUUUAAAAACUAUGACCAAAUCGAUUUCAGUUGCUCCUUUGAAAGCGUUUCGUUUUCAACAAACAAUCAUGGCACGAUUUGCAGAUCAACCACAAACCCAAGAAAGUGCUUCAACCAGCGAUAUCAAUAUGUUCAAAGAUUUUUUAAAUUACAUGAAACCUUUGAGCAAAGACGAAUGGGUUGCUUUGAGCACACCUUAUAAAAUAAUAGGAAUUUUUAAAAUACCUGUUAUCUUAUUUCUGCGUUUGGUUAUGCCGGUGGUGGAUUACGACUGUCCAAGAAAUGGAUGGUGUAAAUUAUUAAAUUCAAUCCAGUUUGUUAUUACUCCAAUAUAUGUCGUGGUAAUUCUGAGAUUUGCAGAUAAAGAUUUAUUUCACAUGGCUGGAUUUUCUAUGAAGUUAUGGUACGUAAUUUUUGUAAUUGGAUGUAUACCUAUGAUCGCUAUGUUGAUUAAAACUCGAGUCAAUACGCAACCAAAGUACCACGAUUUGAUGUCAUUUGUAUCAUUCCUGAGUACCACAUCAACCAUACAUUUUUUGUCAGAGGAAGUAGUGUCAAUUGUAACGACAUUGGGCAAAGUUUUAAGGUUGUCUAAUGACAUCCUUGGUUUAACAGCCUUGGCUUGGGGGAACGGAAUUGGUGACUUGGUGUCCAACAUUGCCAUUGCUAGGCAAGGUUUGCAGAAAAUGGCAUUUGCUGCUUGUUAUGGAGGACCUAUGUUGACAACAGUGUUGGCGAUGUCGAUUGGUUUUAUAAUCAGGGCUUUGAAUUCGCCUUAUCACAAAGCUGCAGUUCGACCAGGAGCUCUUGGAAGAAAUUGUGUGGUUUUUCUAUGUUGCACACUUACGUCCACGGCGUUUAUGAUUUCUUUGACGAGAUUCCAUGCUAGAGCAAGUCAUGGAAUAUUUCUUAUGAUAUUGUAUGCUACAUUUUUGAUGUUUUGUAUUUUGGCGGAGAUGUCUUUGAUACAUCCUUAUGGGACUGAUCAUAACCCAGAACCGGAGGAGAGUAUUCAGGACGUUUUACUGGAUAUCGCUUGA